GUUCACUUCAAUGGCUUGGAUUGAGUGCCGAACCCGUGACGGUCAUGAGGAUUUCUGCUGUGAAGUAGGCUACCCUCGUAGAGUUCGAGUAGAGACUUAAACUAAGGCCAGUGAAAGCACCGAACGGGACAGGCUUCUCUUAGACGCUCUGCACUUAUACCCAUUUCCUUCCCCAAUCUAAUUAUCCAUUCAAGCUGAUCAGAAUGCCACGCGGCGAUUUCAAUGUUCACUUUGCAAGCAGAGGACGCGGUGGUUAUGUUCGGGCAGAAGAAGCGGCAGGCAUAGCUCUUCUGGUGGUUAUUUUGGUGGCACUUCUUAUCUUGGGAUGCUGGUACUUCAGAAGGCGAAGUGGUUACAAAAUGAUACGGAGUCCCAGGAGCAAUGCCCAGCCAUGGAGAACAACAUUGAGUACAGGCCAAUACAGUGAAGGAGGAGCUGCAGUUGAAAAUAAAGUACCAUUGAAUGACUUCAGUAAUCUGCAACCUGUGGUACCCAACGCUCCUCCAGCCUAUGAGAAGAUAGUUUCAAGCCCACCACCUCCACCUUAUUCACCUUGAUAAGGAGGCAUCAGCUCAAAGACCUUAUUUUUAUUCUAAAUAAGUAGACUGAUGAUAAAUAUUGGUCACACUUUACUUGGAUAGUCCACACACAGACUAUUAACAGAUGCUCAGAUUAUCAACAAACUAUUUGUUAACUACAAUGUAUGGUUAAGGUUUUGGGAGCUAGUACUGCCCUUACAUUUUUACACCACCAAUUUUACAUACUGAACUCAAAUCUUAACGAUCAUAAUUUUAAUCUAAAUUUAACAAUCUGUUAAGUCUCUGUAGGUGGACUAUGCAAGUAAAGUGUUACUAGAAUACUACAAACAAAUCACUGUAAAGUUGCCUGGAGCAAUAGAGAAUGUAUACGCUUUAUGUACUUACCUUUUCUUGUAAAUGUAUAUUGCAUCCUUCACAAACUAUACAGAAAUUAUUAUGUUGGAAAACCAUCAUCUCGUCAGCAACAUCAUAACAGAGUACCAGUGACCUCAAUUGUGCACAUCAGUUUAUACAGUGAAAUGUAUGUCAGUGUACUGUAUGCUUUAGUUGAAUUCCAAGAGAACAUACAUUAAAUUGAUCUUGGAUGUUAAUCUUGAAAACACUCCUGAUUUCAUUUACACAUCAACAAUCAUGUCAGAGUGCAAAGUACUUUGUUUAUUUCAAUGCAAUGUCUGCAAAAAUGCAAGUGGUCCAAAAUAUCCACAAUACUUGAAAGAACUUCAAGUAUUGUGGAUAUUUACAAGCAUACAAUUACAUAAUCAUGUAAUCCCAUUUUCAGAAAUGCUUGUGUCUACUGUUCUCCCAGUCACUCUGGUGUGAAAAACACAGGCCUUAAAUAAAAGAUACAUGAACUAAUUUUCAGUACAAAUACACCAUCAAGUUCACUAAAUUGAUACCGUAAGAAAAUAGAUGCCAGGGCCUCUCGAAAGUAAGUUAUCAUUUUCAAGACUGUGUAUGGCCUUUGAAAUAAUCUUCCCUAUACUUUGUAUGUUUUAUAUAUGGGUCCUACUUCUUAGCAUUAAACUGAAUAAAAAAAUCUUCCUGACUACAA